AUGUCUGCUCGUCAUUCAGCAACCACUUCAGCAGUACCACGCAGUAGCUCUCCUCAUAGCCAAGGCUCUCGUUCUGGGUACUGGAGCCCAACAGCCCGGGCUCCAUCUCGAUUGCACAACCGGCAAUACCUUACAACACAUGACGUCAACACUGCGCCUCUCCAGACACAUUCCACAGGACUUGCUAGUGAGGCAGUUUCACGGGGCGAGCUUACUGCUUAUGACCGCCGCGACGUGGAGUCUCGUAGCUAUGCACGCUCGGAUGACUGUCCUUCUCUGGAGCCUUCAAUUUCUACACCACCCGCCAAGUCGCGGUGGUCGUAUUCUGCUUCUAGCCUACAGAACCCAGAUAUCCCGCCACUAGACGAGAGUUCUGAGACAUUCACCGAAAACUCCGACUUGGCCGAUGAUGAUGAUGAAAGCGUCAUGAUCAUGGAAUUAUAUCGGAUAUCAUGCAGCACAACAGCGUCGACUCCGACUCUCAUCGAAAUUAUCAACAACCACGAAACUCAUUCCCGUCACGAAGACACGUAUGUAGAUGCCAACAGAUCAUAUUACAAGAAAGCAGAUAAGAGAUAUGGCAUGGUAUUUUCAGAUAUGGAAAUUGGUAGUCUAUAUACAUUGGCACUCUUAUAG